AACAGAGAGCUAAUUUUUCGUUCCCCAUUUCUCUCCGCUGCCCUAGUGAAAACGAGGGAGAGCGACGGAAAAAAUCCCCCGACGCGCGGCUAUCCCGAUCUCUCCUCGUCUCGUCGCCAAACUCGAAUCCUCUCUCUCUCUCUGAAAAAAUCCCCCGACGCGAUCGCGGCGAUCCCGAUCUCUCCUCGUCGCCAAACUCCAGUCCCCUCUCUCUCUCUCUUCUCUCGAUCAAACCCUAGUUCAACGCCGACCUCUCCUCGUCAGCUUGAGAAUCCCAAUCUCCUCUUGGAUCUCUCUGUCAACAUGAAUCCAAAUUCAUUCGAGACAAAAGAAGAUGAUGAAUGGGCUAUACAAAGGAAAAAGAUAAAAUAUUCAGCAGGGAUUGUGGCUGCAUAUGCAGCAUAUGUAGGUGCCUAUUAUGACAACUAAUAUCUACCAAGUGGAGUAUAUAGAUAGAUCAAUCUUAGCUCAAAAAGAUGAACAUAGGAACUUAUGGAGCGACUUACUCAACAAAGUGAUAGAGAUUGUCGUGAACAACUACGGAUGGGAGUUAAUGCUUUUGCUAGACUGUGUCAGUUGCUUAGGGAGACGGGACGUCUUUAUGAUAAUAGACGCAGUUCUGUAGAGGAACAAGUUGCUAAGUUCCUUCAAAUUCUUUCUCAUAACUGGAAGAAUCGAGCAGUGAAGUUCUAUUUUAUGCGUUCAGGUGAGAUUGUUAGCCGCCACUUUCACAAAGUAUUAGAGGCAUUACUAUCGCUUGAGGAUCAAUUUAUUAAACAACCAAAUGGCUUCGAAGUUCCACUAGAAAUUCAGACAAAUCAUAGAUUCUGGCCCUAUUUCAAGAAUUGUAUUGGCGCAAUUGAUGGAUCUCAUUUUCGAGUGAAAGUGGCAAAAGUAGAUACAAGAAGGUAUCGAGGCCGAAAAGAAUUUUCAACUCAAAAUGUGCUUGCCGCUUGCACCUUUGACUUGAAAUUCACAUAUGUUCUAGCUGGUUGGGAAGGGUCUGCUUCAGAUUCACGGGUGUUGAACAAUGCAUUAAUACGACAAGACAAAAUAUUUGUUCCUCAAGGAAAAUAUUAUUUAGUUGAUGGUGGUUUUAUGUUGAGGCCGGGAUUCCUUACACCAUUUAGGAGCACGCGUUAUCACCUCAAGGAAUAUUCAACAAGACAACCUGAAAGUCCUCGUGAAGUGUAUAACCAUCGCCACUCUUCACUGCGAAAUGCAAUUGAGCGUGCUUUUGGAGUCUUGAAGAAGCGAUUCCCAAUCUUGGGUAGUGGAACAGAACCUCAUUAUCCAAUUGAAACACAAAAAGAUAUCAUUUAUGCAUGUACUAUCCUACAUAAUUUUCUAAUGGGUGUUGAUCCUGACGAGGGGCUUCUUGAACAAGUUGAUCAGGAAGUUUUGAACCAGAUGAUAGAUGUUGAAGAAGCUCCUGUAAAUGAUAAUGAAGAGUAUAGACGAGGAGAGAUUCUAAGGCAAAAAAUAGCCGAUGAUAUGUGGAGAGAUUAUUAGAAAUAUUUUCAUUUUUCAAAUAAAAAGUAAAUGUGUUUUUAGAUACUCUGGAUCGUAUGAGUGAGCUAAUAUAUUUUGAUUGUCUGGUCAACAUUCGAGUUGCAAUUUCACAACUUACAGUUUCAUAAUAUUGAGCUUCUGUGCAUUUAGGCUAUUGAUCUGAUAUCCAUGGUGCAUUCUUUAAUUUAAUUUUUCCUCCAUUUAUGUUCUUAGGUCAUGGACUGUGAUUGAAUUAGUACUGUAAAUACAUUCUUUUGGCUCUGAGCUGACUACUGUUCUUCAAUAAAAAUUGAGACUGUUCUUGCAAAUUAAUUUCCUGUGUAGUUUCAGAAAAAGUAUGAUGAUCUUACGGGGAAGCUACAUGCUGAUUGUUUCUAUUUUUUUCUUCCUAAGAUUACAGUGAUCUGAAGGCCAAAUAGAAACCCUAGUUAGAUUCAGGAGGUGUGAAUAAAGAUCAUCUCUGAGCUGACUUGUUGUGUGGGUUUGUUCCACUUGCAACAAGUUCAAAGAUUUGUUAAUCAUUGGUCCAUGCUAUUUUUUUUUUUGUUUGCAUCAAUGAUUUGUUUGUUAGCAUGAAUUUUGCAUCAAGAGAUAUUAUUUUACCUGUAUCGUCUAUAGGUACUGGUGAUGUAUACAUUCAAGAUUUAGUCAA